AUGUCCAAUAUGCGGGGUGUUGACAGGGUCAGCAGCCUGUUCUCAGCACAGAGAACUCCGGCCAACUGCUCAGGACCUCAAAACCAAAGGGACCUCCCAUCCUUGGAGAACAUCUUACAUCGGCAAGGAGCCGUGCUUGGGAAUCAGCAGGCCAAGGGUGGAGACAAAGAGGGAACCGACCAGGAAGACUCGAAGGUGAACUGGUCCACGCUGGGAUGGUCCUUGGCGAAGAAGCAACCGUUGUCCGCAGAAAUCUGCAGGAGCAACGCGGAGAAAGGAAUCGAUGAUGCCGGCCUGAAGGAACAGCGUGACGGAGUCAUGCUGCUGCAGAGGAGCCUGGCAUACCUCAUCCCCAAAGUGACGGAGGAGUUCUAUGUCUGCCUCGGGGAGUGGUGCCAGAAGACCACGGAGGCCCUGAAGCUCUUCCAGGAGUAUCACCACAUCCAGAGCGAGAAAGGGGUUGCUGACCAGCAGAUUUGGGACAAGCUGUCCACAGAGGUUUCUGCAAAAGAUGUGAAGGAGGCAAAGAAGCGGGAAGAGCGGCUGAAGGAUCAGAAGAAUCGCGAGCAGGAGAAACUGCAGCGAAAAGAGCACCGGAAUCAGGAGAGCUCUAACAUGUUCAAGAACAUGAUGGAUGCGUGUCAGACAAAUCUUUCUGGCAGCGCCAGUGGCGCCGGUCAGCAGACACAGCAGACGACCGGCCAACUCCAAGGCGCUGGGCAGCAGGGUACCGGUCAGCAGUCACAGCAGACGACCGGCAGUUCCAAAGGCGCAGUUCAGCCACAACAGACGACUGGGCAGCUCCAAGGCACCGGUCAGCAGUCACAGCAAACGACCGGGCAGCUCCAAGGCACUGGUCAGCAGUCACAGCAGACGACAGGCAGCUCCAAAGGAGCAGUUCAGCCACAGCAGAUGACCGG